AAAGGGUAAGUCUCUUGAGGUCGCAAAGUGAUCGUGGAAGUGAUUAGAUAACCACGUGGUGGACGAAUUGAGACGUAGCCGAAGAGAAUGAAAGCCUGGAGAUAAGUUGAACAUCGAGGAGCAUGGCUGGUUGUGCUCCUUGUCCUUUGAUAUCCAUGACCGAAACAUACCCCUCCGCAUAUUAAUUGUCUUAUGUCGCGAAUGACGCGCCUCAGACGGGAUACCCAGGAAACUCUCACUCCUCCGUUCCAGAGACCACUCCGUGUUGUGGCAUCUGGAACUCUGUUUCUAACUCAUACCCUUACUCUACCUUCAUACCCGGAACCAUCAUCUGUUACACGCGCACAUUCGGUCUUUCGCACUAGAGGAGGUUCUGCGAGCACAUGUCUUUCUAUCCUAGCACAGUUUCCCAAUGUCGACGCCAUGCUUGUCGCGCCGCUUGGGGGAAACGAAGAAGGACAGAUGAUCAUUCGAGAUCUCGAGUCUGAACGCGUCAGCACUAGGUUCUGUAAAAUUUGGGAGAACACUGGUGUCCCCAGUGCCUGGGUACUUCAUGCCGAACAACAUCGUAAUGGCGCGUUUAUAUCCAUUGGUUGAUUUGUAUGUCAUAUCGAAGUGCCUUGAUCACCGAUGCGCAGAUUUGUCACACUUUUCGCACAAUGCAUUGUAAAGGGCCGCCUGUGAUGACUUUAAUUCUACACUGCAGAUAAUACGGAUUCUAAGACUGUGAUCAACAACAACCCGCUACCGGACAUAACUCACGAAGAAUUCGUUUCCCUUCUUGGGCCCAUCCUUGCACCUGAGAACUACGCAUAUUUGAAUAAUCCCUCGAACUCGAACCCUGGCUCGCCUCCUUCGACUACUCAACAGUUAUCCUCCACCAACCCUCGUCCCUCGACUUCCAAUCCAAACCCAAACAGUCCAGCACCAUUCGAAUGGAUCCAUUUUGAAGGUCGAUCCGUCAAGACAACACUUAACAACAUCUCUGGCUUGGACGGUCUCGCAAAAGAGAAGAAAUGGCGGAGCCAUUGUGUGUUCAGCGUCGACGUGGGAAAGCGUACACGACAAGGCGUAGAGGCGGUCUGAUACCUCACGCGGAUGUGAUCUUCCUCAAUAAGCAAUAUGCCAUGGCGCAUUCCCGCGACUACGCAGAGUCACCAAGGGCAUUUUUACUUUCCCUCACUCAUUUAGCCCCUCCACAUGCUUUGUUAGUAGCUCACUGGGGAUCAGAUGGAGCUGCAGUCCUCUCAGUACCUACAAAGGAAUACUUCCAAAGUUCCGGUUGGGCCGAGCAGAUUCAUCCGAUGCCCACAGCCCAAUCGUCCGCUACGUCAGUCCAAGACGACCCCAUUGAACCAGUAGAAGAGAUGGUCAGUGUUCGUAGUGGGAGUGGAUUCUGGGCAGGACAUUAUACAGAAUCUUCAGGUGACUGGACGGCCUCGUCGGGUAUCCAGCGUCAACUCUCCUCUAGUUCCGGACCUUCGUCGUACACGCCUGCAAUGCCUUCUCGACGACAAAUGGAGAAGCGACGUCCGUCAGGACGACAUCAGCGUGGUGCAAGUGAUUCUUCUACCGAUUCAGACGAUACGCAGAUCGCCGGCCUGGCAGGGCGAGGAUCGAAUGGAAGUACUGGUUUGAAUAGUAGUAACUCGCGAUCUAAUGCAUCUUCUACACCGAUGCCCAACCCCAUCGUAGAUGAAGUGGGUGCAUCGGAUGCUUUCAUCGCGGGUAUGAUGUAUGCUUUAAGUAGGCGUAUGCUACCUGGAGAACCAUACACACCUUCUGCUGUGCACAAGGAUCGUGACGGAGCUGUGACUGGUGUUGCGGGUGCAGAUAAGGGUAAAGCUAAUGGGAACGGUAUUGUUGUGGAUAACGACCGUGGACGAUGGAGGUUGGAAGAAUGCCUAAGGUUUGCUACCGAAUUGGCAGGCCGUAAAGCCCGGAGAAGGGGAUGGGACGGACUUGCGGAAGAAAUGGCCAGGGCCGGUUGGUUUAAGGUGUGAUUUUUGGGGGGGACAAUAUGUACUGCUUCAUUUCUCCUUUUUCUGUUGAAUGCCACCAAAUUAAUGACGAUGUUGUAACGAUCCUUGGGCGCAUCUGAGCGGUCGCGAUGUCCAUGGAUUCCCUCUCUUCACGUUGGUUGUGUCUCUAUUGGCACUCACGCCUUUACGUAUGGGGGGUCUAUGAGGACCUAUCUGCGCUUCUGUAUCUCGAAGAACCUGCCCUGCGUUAUAUGACCUGAAUUCACAAUGUAUGCACCGACGUUGUAUAUUCGCUACGCUAGGGAACACCUUCUCAAGAUCUCACCCCCCACCCAUUCCGGAAUGACAAUGGCCAAGGACGCUACGAAGUUUGGGAUGUAGAAUAAUAACUCCUUGCAAGUUCGUGCUACCAGAGACAUCGUCUCGGAUGCAACAAGUAGAGAGAUAUCCGAUAUGCAUAUGUACAACCGACGAGAAAAUCGAUAAAACAACGAGACCCAGGCAUAAUAUGAAAACACACCCUAACGGUGCUAAAGCUGGCAAUCACUUUGAAAGCAUCAUCUGAUCG